AGACUCGUCCCCUGCCCAUAAGAAGUUUACAGUCUAGAGGGGGUGUCAGACGUGAAUAUAAAUAUGAAAGAGCACCAUCCUGAGCGUCAGAAAGAAUCCCGAGGAGGAGGGAGUAUCCCCUGCAUCCAAAAGUGCUCGGCAUUCUUGGGGCGCCCCCGGCACAGAGUGACGGUUGGUGAUUUGUGGAUUUUUCUGAGACCCAGGCACGAGAGCCCGAACCGUGACCCUCCCGCCGCCAGCACAGGAGCACCCGAACUGGCGAUGGCCAAGGUCCUCUUCUCCUCUCUGCACCCCAGCGUCUGGGCCCGCGCCGGCGGCCUAGCCUCCCUGCCACCGAAGCCUGGUACCCCCAGGCGGCCUCUGAGUGGUGAAGCGGAGUCCCCGGGCGGGGGACCUCCAGGCGGGGAGCCUUCGGCGGAGAACGACAAGUUGCUGAGAAACCUGUCCAUCGCAGGAGGGGACAGCAGCCAGGUGCGGCGGCACCGGCGGUGGCCCACCCACCUGAGGGAGUCGGCGAUCAACAAGACGGGCCUGGAGCAGUUCCUGUUGGCCAGGGGCGCCAGCCAGGAGGCGGUGGCCAGCAUCAUCUCCCGCUACCCCCGGGCCAUCGUUCACAGCCCCCAGGUCCUGCAGCGGCGCUGGGAGUUGUGGCGUGGCCUCGUGACCUCCGACCUGGAGGUGGUCAGCAUCUUGGAGCGCUGCCCCGAGUCCUUCUUCCGCGGCAACAGCAACACCAACCUGGAGCAGAACAUCGCGUUCCUCUCUUCGCUCGGGCUGAGCCCCACCCUCCUCUCCCGUCUGCUGACCAAGGUGCCCCGCGCCUUCUCCAACAGCCUGGAGCUGAACCAGCAGAUGGUGGAGUACCUGCAGGGGGUCUGCCGGUCCCAGGGGGGUGACAGCCCCCAGGACUUUGCCCUCAGGGUGCUCUCCAAGAACGCUUUCAUCCUCACCCACAGCAUCAAGCGGGUGGAGACCAACAUUGACUUUCUGAAGGGCACGUUCCGCCUGGGCGGCAAGGACCUGUUGGCGGCGCUGGGCGGGCCGGGGAGCAAGAUCCUGGACAUGUCCAGCGAUUGCAUCAAGAGGAACUUUUGGAACAUCGAGGCCAAGCUGGCGGGGCUGGGCUGCCGCGAGGAAGAGGUGCGCGCCUUCGUCCGGAGCUACCUGCCCAUGCUCUUCCUGUCCCGGGCCACGUUCAACGACAAGAUCGACUGCCUCCUGCAGGAGCGCAUCGAGAUCUCGCAGAUCACGGCCUGCCCCAACGUGCUGAGCGCCAGCGUCAGCACGCUCAGGAGCCGCGCGCGGGAGCUGGUGGACGCCGGCUGCCACCGAGGGACCCUCAACAUCCUCUUUCUCUCUUGGAGCAAGAAUAGGUUCGAUGCCAAGAUGCGCAAGCUGCUCAAGGAUUCGGCGGGCACCCGGAUAGGGGGCAGGCAGCCGAUCCCGCGGCCCUGAUUCCACCAGUUUGCCGGCCGGCCCCACCCACCCGUCUGUGCCCGAGUGCGGGAGGGGCGGUAGGGGUUCCCACUCCAUCUGCCCCGGGCCCUCAGAGGACCCUCCGCCCCCUGGGUUUUAGGGCUUCCUGCGACAACAUUCUUUUUUUCCAGAAGACAGAGGGUGUGCCUUUCAUGGGUGAGAACAGCGAGGUCAGGGGACGUCGGCGGGACCGAUCGACGUCGGGGGAGGAGCGGAGGGAAACAAGACCCUGCCCCCGCCACCGGUGCGGUGGGCAGAUAAUCUAGGCAGCCUUGUCUCUCCGAGACCGAUCCCAGAUCCCGUCAGUGGCACGAGACCGGGGCACGGAUAGGCAGCCCUCGGGUCAGGGGUGAAAGCCAGAGGGAGGCGCGGGGGUGGGGUCGGCAGUGGCUCCCUAGAACACCCGGUGCCCUGUCUCUUUCCAGAAGUCUUCCCUCCCUCCCUCCCCCAGCCCUCCGGCCCACCAGCUGCUGUUUGCUUCAGCUCUGAUCUGUCCCCUGCCCUUGCCCUCACAGUGGAAGACCUAGAAAACUACACCUUGACAAGGGUCAGUCAUUCAGUCGUACUUAUUGAGCACUUACUGUGUGCACAGCACUGUAGUGAGCACUUCGGAGAGUACAAUAUAACAAUAAACAGACACAUUUCCUGCCCACAGUGAGCUUCCAGUCUAGAGAGGAGCAUCGCAGCCACCCCAAUCCCAGCUGGGUCUCGGUUGGUAGCCAGGCCCCUGGGUCUAAAAUGUGCACAUUGCCCCUUCCUCCCAAAGGGGUUCUUGGGUGGCGGGAGGCUUCAGUCCCCCUUGGGGGGCAGGAAGGGGUGACAGGUAUCACCCCCUUUUACCCCCAGAAUGGGCAACACGGUCAUGAAGAAAGAUAUGAAAAGGAAAUACUUUGUCUAAUAAACGAUGUUUUCAAGAAGC